AGGCAGGCUCGAGCCAUUGGAUGAUAUCUGAUAAACGCGAACUGUUCCUGGGCUGUCAGAUUGGCGGCACCCAGCCGCGUCGCUACGCGCACCGAUCAUGCGGGAACAAUGUGAGCUCUCGUCUCCUCCUCUUCAGCUAGCCUCUCUUCAGUCAAGAGGUGUUGUCGUGGUGAGACGGCGUUUUGUCAGGAGUAAAGGGACAGUUUUACUGCAAUGCUAUCUCCAUAGCUCCGAAUGAGAGCAAGUGACCCGGGAGAAAGGGUGUUGCCUUGCUUUUGCCUGCCCGUGCACGGUGUAGUAGCAACGUCCAUGCGCCGUUUGCUAAUUUGAAAUUGGACGGAGCCAAUUGAGGACGUCGAGGCAGGUGUGCCUCGAAUUACCAUUCGUAAUUCUGCUGGCCAAAAGCGUAUACGCGGUCCCGUCUCAUCUCAGAUGUGUAUGGACUUUAAUACCGGACAAGCAGGCUCCUGUUGACGAGGUUGAUACAGUAUUUUGUUGCAGAGCGAAUUUCUUUCAGAUGUCUCCGUGUUCGCUUUGAGGAACGGACAGACUAGGCUCUGGAUUUAAAGCCUGAGGAGGAGUGCGGAAUUCUCCGGAACGAGUGAAGAAUUGAGAUCACUGAUGCCCGUCUCUCCCAAAUAAGUCUCCCAGCUUUAGAUUUUUAUGACGGAAAGUGUACCCAGCUACGGUAGAACUGUUAAGGGGACCUCUUCAACAUGAAUACAGACAGUGGAGGAUGCGCUCGCAGCAGCGCUGCCUUGCUACUCACCCUCUCCCACAUGAAGCGGGUCCAGAGCGUCCCCAAUCUGGUUACAGGGAGUGAUUCUCACUCGUCAGAUACAGAUGCUUGGAGGUCGCGAAGCACCGACGGCCUGAGGAACGGCGACGACGUCACUUCUUCCCUGGCCGCCAAGGGCUUCCGCAGCGUCAGACCCAACCUGCAAGACAAGAAGUCCCCCACACAGGCUGUCAAUCAGGUCCCCCUCCCGCCCCCUAGGAGAGAGAGCUACCCCUCCCCCGCCACAGGUGCUAUCCCCCCCUCCUACAGCUCCCUCCUCGCCGAGACCCUCGGACCCGGGAUGCUAGCCCUCUCCAACGAGAAGGCCAUCCUCAAAGAGUCUUACACAGUCAAGAGCAGGUCUUCUUACUCCCACCAUCAGACUACUACCACCACUUCUGCACCCCAAUCUGAACCCGAACCCAACCCCCAGCCCCCACAAACAAACCCUCAGUCUCCCCUCGCCAACCCCAUCCCCAAUGACACCAGCAAGGUCAAAGCCUCCACAGCUACUUCCUCCACCACCACCCAGCUUCAGGCUGCAGAGCGCAAGGUGUCCUCCCUCAGACUCACCCCCGUCACCAUCCCUGAUCCCCCCUCCCACCAACCCAUCCCCCAGCCUGAGACUCUCACCACCUCCCUUCCUCCCCCUAACCUUCCCCCCCGUAGAGACUCCUCCAUCGGCCCCCAAAGCCAGCACACAGCCUCCCUCUCCGUCCAGAUGGCCCCGCGGAACCCCGAACCACCGGGCUCCAAGGCCCCAGCUUCUGACCCUGGGGAGGGCAGGAAGGUGAAGGUCCCCCCUCCAGUUCCACCUCUACCGUCUGCAGCGAAUGUGGUGGGCCAAGCUAUUCAAGUGGCUAUGAAUGGAAGUGCGCCCCACCCCCAGAGACCCUCCUCACCCCCGGCCUACCCCCCUCUCCCCACCUCGUUCAGCCCAGGGGUGGUUCACAUGCAGAGUCGGAGCGCAGAAGGUUCAGAGUCUGUGAUGUCGGGCCACACCAGCGUGAGCAGCACGGUGCCCAUCGCCCGCUUUUCAGAGGAAGAGAAGAGGGUGUCAGUCAUCAAGGCGCCCCACUACGAGGGCAUCGGCCCCGUGGAUGACACGGGCAUCCCCAUCGCCAUUCGCACGACGGUGGAUAGGCCAAAGGACUGGUACAAGACCAUGUUCAAGCAGAUCCACAUGGUUCACAAAGCAGAUGACGACUAUGCCGACUCGUACAACGCCACAUACACUGUCAGCGGUGACAGUGACACAUAUGGUCAGUCCUCCAACCCCACCGUGGCCUACCCUCCCCCCAGGACACAAACGUACCGGCCCCUGGCCAAGAGCCCGUCGGACAACGGAGGCCCCGGGACCUUCAGGGAGCCCUCCCCCGUGCCACCGCCACCCCCGCCCAAGCCCUCCCUCCUACAGCUGAGGUCCAGAGACAGCGACCGGGAGCGAGACUCGCCCGACACCAUGAAUCAGUGGGGCCCUCCCGAUAGGAAAGUGGACACUAGAAAGUACCGCGCUGAACCCAGGAGUAUAUUCGAGUACGAGCCAGGGAAAUCAUCCAUUCUGGAGCAGGAGAGGCCGACCUAUAAGCUAAACCCAGAUGACAUAGAUUUAGAGAACGAGCCUUGGUAUAAGUUCUUUUCCGAGCUGGAGUUCGGCCGUCCGCCUCCUAAAAAACGUCUGGAUUAUAAUCCAGACAUCUGCCCUCGCCGACUCACCGAGACGUCGCUGUACUUCACUCCCACUGCUGACCGUGUUCCAGAGAGGCCGGCGAGUGCUGCCAGUGACUACAGGAAGAGGAGGAAGUCGGAGCCGUCAGGUGACCAGGGCAAGAACCAGGUCUCCCCAAAACCACCGGACCCUUACAAAGGCAGCAGCACACUGAGGAAACCUGCCAUCCGCUCCUCCCCCUCCUCCCCCUCCAGAGUCAAAGGUUUCCUCUCUCAUAGUGGGGUGACCACAGAAAAGAUUAGCGAGCAGGAUGCCUCCAGGGGGUACAACACAACCACCAGCGACGGGGGAGGGGGGCAGACCAGACGAGCCACCCCGGACAGAGAGAAACAGCCUGCCAGAGCUAUAUAUGACUUUAAGGCACAGACCGCUAAAGAGCUGACGUUCAAGAAGGGCGACGCGGUGAACAUCAUCAGACAGAUUGACAGCAACUGGUACGAGGGGGAGCACCGCGGACGACUGGGCAUCUUCCCCAUCUCCUACAUAGAGAAGAUGCCGUUACCAGAUAAGCAGCAGCCGAUUAGGCCUCCUCCACCAGCACACGUCAGAGAGAUCGGGGAGGGGGUGGCCCGUUACAAUUUCAACGCUGACACAAACGUGGAGCUGUCCCUCCGCAAGGGUGAGAGGGUAGUCUUGCUGAGACAGGUGGACCAGAACUGGUACGAGGGGAACAUCCCAGACACCACCAAGCAGGGCAUCUUCCCUGUGGCCUACAUAGACAUCGUCAAACGCUCGCCCGCCAAGAGCCCCGCCCCCUCCCACCAGCCAGACCCACACGGCUACCCCAGCAACAGGACACAGGGCUCCACACCCACCAAGCCAUUCAACAGCACUACCACCCCCCCUUCUCUCCAUCACCACCAUCCUCCUCGCUCCACGCCCCCCUCCCCCCACACCCCUCCUCCUCCCGUGAAGACCCUCUGUCUGCAGGCCGUCACCAGCGAGUGGCUCUCCCUCACCCUCAGCCCCCCCUCCUCCGAUACCCCCAUACCACCCACGCCGCCACCCUUCCCCCCAAUCCUCCUCCCUUUCCUGGAAGAUCAAGAACGGAGGGCCACCCCUCCCGCACCACCCAAACGAGGGCUCACCCCUCCGCCAAGAAAUGCAUCCAGUUGUCUCGCCUCCUCCCGCCCGGCUGUCAAGCAGUGGCUGUUUGACUUAGACUCCCCCCCCUCAGCCCCUCCUUUCUCUCCACCCCCCCCUCCUGACUCCUCCUCUCCCUCCGCCUCCCCCGUGCCCGACUCCUUCCUGGGAUACCUCGAAGAGAGGGGCCUAAGAGACAGUGAACAGAACAAACCACUGUCCCUAGCAGGCAGAGGGGGGUUCUUCUGCACUGAACCCGAGCCGGGGGACACGCCCGCAGAUUUGUUGCUGUGGUACAGGCCAAGUGUUCUGCCAGGAUCCUUAGAACUAGAAACGGAACCCCCCCCUCUUCAGCAGCAAGUGGAAGAUCCCUAUGAUCAGUUGUUGUCUAUGAUCCUGGAUCAGCCCAUGUGUGACGAAGAUGGAGGGGACGUUCUCAGGCCGGCCGUGGCACUGACCAACGAAUCACAGAGCAAGGUUAGGCUAGAGGUGGAGUUUCAUAGGCCUGUGACCUCGCAGCCCCUGUCCAUCACGCAGGACAGCCAAUCAGAAAGGGUGAAUAGGUGGACGGCAGGGUCUCAGAGGCCGAUGACAUUGUACAUUGAGGAAGAGGAGGAAGCUAUAGGAGGGGAAGAAGAGGAGAAGGAAGAAGAAAGGAACAUUGAUGUAGACUGUGGUACUGUAACUGUCCACAGAGAGGGGCUGAAAACAGAGGCCGAUGUCUAUCCGUCCCGCUGUCACAGCACUUUGUGCAACCCGGCACAGUUGGAACCCAUCACCCUCCUCCCUCCCCCUGUCUCUCCUCCCUCCUCACCAUCCCCCGCUUUUUACUCUGCCUCACAACCAGCUGAAGCGCUGGCUAUGCCUUCUUCCUCUCCACUGUCCCAUCUUUCUACCCCUCCCCCAAUUCCCCUCUCCUCCUCGCAACAGAUUGUGCCACCCUGCUCUCCUCCCCCCACUUCCCUCAUCUCUACCUCCUACCUCUCUUCUCCUUCACCCUCUUCUCCCCUUCUCAUCUCUCCGCGUCUCACGACCUCACCCCUCCCUGCCUCCCGCCCAUCCUCUACUCCUCCUCCCCCCACCCCUCCCUCUUCCUCCCUUUUGGCCUCACGUCAAGCCCUGGUCUCCCCUCCUCUCCAACCCUCUCCUCCAACCUCCCCCAUCCCUGACACACAACACUCGCUCCCAUCCUCCCCUCCACCCUCUUCUCCUCCUCUCCCUCUCUCCCCUCCACUCGUACCCUUUCCAGAACCUAGGUCUCCUAAGAUCAAGAGGUUUGUGCAGGAUUUGCUCCAUGGUGGAGGAGACCCGUUCCAGGCCCUGUACAACUAUCUGCCCCGUAACGAGGAUGAGCUGGAGCUGAAGGAGGGGGACGUCGUGGACGUCAUGGAGAAGUGUGACGACGGCUGGUUUGUCGGGACUUCUCGACGGAGCAAGCAGUUUGGAACCUUCCCAGGAAACUACGUCAAGAAACUAUAAUGAUGAAUCCCGUCCACCCCCGCACCCUCCUUACUUGGACCCUUCCAUCUCUAGCACAACCCAUAUUGGACACAACCAACCCGGAGUAAAAUGAAGUUGCUCCUAGACACUGAUUUGGGUCAGUUUUGCACUUUCCCCACCAAUGGUUAUGGUUAGGAUUGGGGGAGGUGGAGCUGACCCUAGAUCUGUACCUAGGGGAAGCCUCACCCCGGAACAACACGCCCCCACUGUCGGGACAUCCAAGAAGCCUUUCCCAAGCGUGUGUGACGUCACAGCAAGUAUUUUGUUUUAGCUCUAACUAGCCAACUCUACAGGAGACUAUUCCACUAACUAAACGGUUAUUUUCUAAAUGAUGGAGUUGAGGUUGAAGAAGAUCCAUACUUUUGUAUUCCUGUCACCUCAGAUACUGAAGGAAGGGUAGCCAAACAAGAUGGCCACCUUUUUAGUGUUGACAUCUGCUGUUAUUUGAUUCAUUAGAUCUAUUUUGACCCAGUAAUGUAAUAACUUGCAUUGAUAAGUUGAUUGUGUAACAUUCAGAGAGGUCAAAUGUGGUAAAGAGCGAGUUAAAGAUGCCAAGUAAACUGCCACUCAGGAUUGCCUUGACAUCAUCGUGUCAGCCAUGUUUCUUUUCCCUUUUUCCUCAGUGUUAAAUGAGUACAGAGACCCCCCCCCCCCCUCCCUAAGCGUAUUAUCUGUAAUAGGAGGGCAUGGUAUUUUCAGAGCAGUAUUGUCAUAGGACAUUGCAACACAUUUUCAAUGUUUAGUUAUUUGGCAAAUGCUCUUAUCCACACCGACUUUCAAUAAGCAACAUGAAACAGCCACAGCGUUAUUAGUACAAAAAUCUUCAUCCGAUGUUACAUGUUCAUACCACAACACAGGAACACUCACCUAUUUUCCCCAGUGAAAAUGAUGAUGCUGUGUAAUCCAUGACACCCAAAAGUGUUUCUGGAUACCAUGGGAUAGGGUAUGACAUGUUUGGAGGCAAAUGCAUUGAUAUUGAAUGCAUAUAUGUAUAUCCAGAGCCUUUUAUUCGCACCGGAAGGUUCUGGAUAUCUGCACGCUAUGGGUCUACAAUCAAUUCCAGUUUUUCAUUUUAGUGUUUGCAAACUCCUAUAUGGAUGAGUUAUUUCAAAUGUGGAAGUGGCAAUCGUUGAUAUUUCCCUUUGAACCCUUCUGCUUGAACAAGUACAGUACAUUUUGUACUUUUGAUGGAAGUAAUAUUUCUAGAUCUGGGAAUUUAUUGAUUGUUUGACUUGGCGUUUUAUCCUUUCUCUCUCAUGUAAAAAUGUCUGAGUUACACUACGGAUUUUUACAAGUGAAAGCUAGAUUGGAUUGUCAUAGGGCUUUGGGAGUUUGAUACAUAUGCAAAAGCAACUAGUUUUCCCCACUUAUUUCUGUAUGUAUAGAUGUUUAUAAUGGGGGGAAAGUAUUGAAUAUUGAUGAAACGUCAUUUAGACGUCUCCGUCCAUAGAUAUAACUCAUGGAAUGGAUGGAGCAGCAUCAGUUUCUCAGCUUACUUUGUGUACUUUCUUUUAGUUGAAGUGGCCUAAAGUUGACGUGUACUUUUGGCUAAUUUCAACCGCAUCAAAUCCCCUUGUCAUGUUUAAAGAUAACGAGACGAUAGGCCAAUUUUUGUUCCCAGUCAAGUCUGACAUUUUACAUUUGUCAAUAUACAACAAACGUUCAGGUCUCAACAAUAAAACAACCCUCCUUUUUUGAAAUGGUGUUUAUUUUAUUCGAUGACGAGGUUUUUCUUUUUACGAUUGCUGUUGAAUACCGUAUUAGGAAUGUUGCCACAUUCGUUGCCUUUUGUCGAAAAUGGGAUGUUUUACUUCAUUCUAAUAUAAUCAGAUAAGCGGUGUAAAUGAAUUUGAUUGAAUUAUACAGUUAAGUUCCUGGAGUAGUUUUUUUCUCUAUAUAGGUAAUUCUGACGGCGACCUUUUUUACUGUCCGGGAUGAAUGAAACGAUUAGAGAGAGUCACUGCAAUAGCUUUUAUAACAAUGUAUUUGAAUAACAUUGGUUAGGCAUACUUUUUGUGUUCCAUGAAUAUGAUUUAUGACAUUUUGUUUUUGCCUUUUUCGUGUGUAAAUGAGUAUGUAUUCAUAUAGGAAGGACACUGCCCGCAGAACAAUCGUUUAAGCACCUUAAUAUGUCAAUACUUUGUUUUUUGGUUUCUGUCUUUGGUUGGUUUUGUUCUAGUUUAUUUUUCCCCUUUUCAUUCACUCUUCCCUGGGUCGUGUUCAUUUAGGCACCAAAAGAAAACGGACUCCCUGGACAUGUCCAAUAAGAAAAGCACAUUUUCAUGUUCUGUUGCAAACGUUUCCCGUUGCUAUCCCCAAUGAACACGACCCUGGCAUGUGAGAGCACUGCGUGUCUGUUGGCGUUUGUUUUUUUUGUACGUCUUUUGUAUGGAGCUGUAAAUCGACGACAACGAUCCACUGCUUUAUAAACUCUUAUUUUUCUCACCCAC